UAAGAUAAAUAACAGAUUUGAUUCUCUAUGAAUUCAAAAUAUCAGAGUAAAGCGAUAAAACACUUACUGGCAUCACUGAUGAUUUGAAGGGAAACAUGAAAUGAAACAGCAAAACACUGGGCGAAAAAAAUCACUCCUGUUGCAGUACCAUCAACCCGCCAUGUUUUUCUGUUCUAGCCUUAAAAACGGGAAUAACAUUCACAUAACGCAAGGUGGCGCUGCUGGCUAAAAAGAGGGGGGAAAUUUGCACAAAGGGUGUUGCAGAUUCCAGCAUUAAAAGGAAAGCCGACCAGACAAGAGUAAAGAAAACCGUGCUGACAGGAGUUGGGGGAAAUUGGGGGAUCCCUCCCCACAAGCACUGGUAUUAUAAGCUCAUUUCUAAGGACUCAGUUGCCAUUUCUGAGAGCUGCCUGAGGACCAGUGUUUUUAAAGGAGAAUGGAGUCUAGAGCGGAGCGUGCUGGGCAGAAAAGGCAAGUCCUAUUUCUUUGUGUAUUUCUGGGAGUGUCUUGGGCUGUUGCGGAGCCGCUUCGGUAUUUUGUGGCUGAGGAAACGGAGAGAGGCACCUUUCUGGCCAACCUAGCAAAAGAUCUGGGGUUAGGGGCAGGGGAACUGUCAGCCCGGGGAGCUAGAAUUGUUUCAGAUCAGAACAUACUAUUUUUACUGCUCAAUCCACUUACUGGUGAUUUACUGCUGAAUGAGAAAUUAGACCGAGAGGAGCUGUGCGGCCCCACAGAGCCGUGUGUGCUGCCUUUCCAGUUGUUACUGGAAAAGCCUUUUCAGAUUUUCCGUGCUGAAUUGUGGGUCAGCGACAUCAACGAUCAUUCGCCAGUAUUUCUGGACAGAGAGAUUCCCUUGAAAAUAUUAGAAAGUACCAUUCCAGGAGCAGCAUUUCUCCUAGAGAGUGCACAAGAUGCGGAUGUUGGAAUCAACAAUCUGAGAAACUACACAAUCAGCCCCAACACCUAUUUCCAUAUCAAUGUCCAUGACGGUGGUGAGGGGAGUAUCUACCCUGAGUUGGUACUGGAUAGAGCUCUGGACCGAGAAGAGGUGCCUGAGCUCAGUUUAACCCUCACGGCUUUGGAUGGCGGCUCUCCGCCUAGAUCCGGGACCGCUCUCGUACGGAUCGAGGUUGUGGACACAAAUGACAACGUCCCUGAAUUUGUUCAGUUGCUCUACAAAGUGCAGGUGGCUGAGAAUAGCCCGGUUGGCUCACUAGUUGUCACCGUGUCAGCUAGAGAUUUAGAUGCCGGAAGUAAUGGGGAAAUAGUUUAUGCAUUUUUUUAUGCAACUGACAAAAUUCUCAAAACGUUUCAAAUAGAUCCAACAUCUGGCACAAUUCAUCUUAAAGCUGAACUGAACUAUGAGGCAAUACAAAACUAUACAUUAACUGUUCAGGCCAAAGAUGGUGGAGGACUUUCUGGAAAAUGUACUGUGGUGGUUCAAGUAACAGAUGUUAAUGAUAAUCCACCGGAACUGCUCAUGUCAUCACUUACUAGCCCAAUUUCAGAAAAUUCUCCAAAGACUGUAGUAGCUGUCUUUAGGAUUAGAGACAGAGAUUCAGGGAAUAAUGCAAAGUUGGUGUGCUCCAUCCAAGAUGAUCUCCCCUUUGUCCUGAAGCAAUCUGUAGAGAAUUACUACACCCUUGAAACAGAGAGACCGCUGGACAGAGAAAAGCAGGCCGAGUACAACAUCACGAUCAGCGUCACGGACAUGGGGACCCCCAGGCUGAGGACCCAGCACCACAUCACCGUGCUGGUGUCCGACGUGAACGACAACGCCCCCGCCUUCAGCCAGAGCGCCUACACGCUGCUGGUGCGCGAGAACAACAGCCCCGCGCUGCACAUCGGCAGCGUGCGCGCCACCGACGCCGACGCGGGCUCCAACGCGCAGCUCACCUACUCGCUGCUGCCCGCCGGCCGCGCGCACCCGCCGCCCGCCGCGCUCGUGGCCGUCAACGCCGACACCGGCCAGCUGUUCGCGCUGCGCUCGCUCGACUACGAGGCGCUGCGCGCCUUCGACUUCCUGGUGGGCGCCACGGACCGCGGCUCGCCCGCGCUCAGCGGCCAGGCGCGGGUGCGCGUCGUGGUGCAGGACGCCAACGACAACGCGCCCUCCGUGCUCUACCCGCCGCCCAACGCCUCGGCGCCCUGCCCCGAGCUGGUGCCGCGCGCGGCCGACGCGGGCUACCUGGUCACCAAGGUGGUGGCGGUGGACGGCGACGCGGGCCAGAACGCCUGGCUGUCGUUCCAGCUGCUCAGGGCCACGGAGCCCGGGCUGUUCGGCGUGUGGGCGCACAACGGCGAGGUGCGCACCGCCAGGCCGCUGGGCGAGCGCGACGCGCCCAAGCACCGGCUGGUCGUGCUGGUCAAGGACAACGGCGAGCCGCCGCUGUCGGCCAGCGUCACGCUGCACGUGCUGCUGGUCGACGGCUUCUCGCAGCCCUACCUGCCGCCGCCCGACGCGCCGCCGCCCGCCGCGCAGGCCGACCGCCUCACCGCGUCCCUGGUGGUGGCGCUGGCCGCCGUGUCGUCGCUCUUCCUCCUGUGCGCGCUCGCCUUCGCGGCCGCGCGCCUGUGCGGGAGGCGCGGGGCCGGCGCGCGCGCGGGCUCGCUGGGGCCCGACGGCCCCUUCCCGGGCCGCCUGGUGGACGUGGGCGGCGCCGGGACGCUGUCCCACAGCUACCAGUAUGAGGUGUGCCUGACGGGAGGCACUGGAACCAGCGACUUCAAAUUCUUAAAACCAGUUAUUCCUAACCUGCAGUACCAGUGCACAGGAAGAGGUACAGAAGAAAAUCCCUCAAUCCGAAAUGACUUGAGUUUCUGAUAAAGAAUGAAAUAUAUAAAUGCUGUCAUCUAUCUGUGAGUAUAUUCCUAUUAAGAAAUUUAUCCUGAAUUACCUCUAGAGGAGUGCUUUUACUUUUUUUUCAAAUAUUCUUAAAGUCAUAGAACAAAUACCUUUGCUUUAGAAAAGGAUCCAACUUUAGCCCUAAGGAUCCUCUACACAGGAAGCCAUGCAUGUGUCAUGUCUUUUUUCAUGCAUGAUGUGUAGGCUGUUACAUGAUAGAUCCUGAUCGAGAUGUUUACAUUAUUUUUCAUUGCCAUCAAACUUUUUUUUUCUACUUUCCCCCUGAUUUAUUAGAGUGCUGUAUAAGUGAUUCCACUCUACAUUUUAGGAGCACAGAUUGUAGAGUCUCUUUAAUUACAGUUUAAAAAAAUGUGCUUACUAUUCUCCAUUCACUAUUUAACACUGAAUCUUAAAAGGGGAGAAAUUUCAGAAAUGAGCAAGUAGAUGUUGGGCAGGUUCACAAAGUCACCACUAAUAAAUGGCAGAGCUGCAUCUCUCCACCUUCUGUCCAACUCUGGAAUCUUGCUAUGACACUAUGCACCAUCAUGUAUCACCUGACAAGUUCCACCCUUAUUAGGUAGGAACUUUUUUCUCAUAUUCAUCUUCUUGCUCAGUCUUUUCUAUAUUUGAAUUAACAGUGUAUGUAUAGUGUAUCUAUGUAAUACACUACACAGCUUUAUUUCCUUAUAAACCAAUAAUCCAGCUUUUCUGAAUCAACUGUUCAACUAUUAUUAUUAAAAUUUCUGAUCUAAAGCUCAAGUAAAAAUGUUGAAAGAUGAAUCCAUGCCUUUUCCUUGUUAUCUGAACACAUGACCUUCAUUUCACAGGCAAGAUAAUGGCUCUGCAUAGAAAUAUUACAUAAUUUUGUUUGGUUCAGUUUAGUAUUCUCUUCACAUUAGUUUUGUGCAGUUGUCCCUAUAUGCCUUUACAAUGCCUUUUCCUCUUUAAUUUGAAAGUUUACUUUUUUAAGAUUUAUUUUUAUUUAUUUAUACAAGCACUGGGUACAGUCAGAAGUGCAGGAGGGUGAGAGAAUUCACCAGAUCCAGAGCAGGGAGCAGAAUAGGCAGAAGGAUCGAAGUACACUACUGAGGGGGAGAAG